AUGAAAGUUUCCGCUGUUUUAGCACUUUCCGUCGCGGGCUCGUCCCUUGCUUCCGCUCUGCCCCACGCGCACAAGAGAGCCGCCUCCCAGGAGCCUUGCAGCACCGCGCACGCUCACCGCGCUGGCAAGCGUGCUGUCGCCGUUGAGUACGUGUACCAAACUGUCACCGUCGACCACCAGGGCCAGACUUUGAGCUACCCAACUACGACUUUGACUAGCGAGCCAACCAGCUCUGCUGCUGCUUCUUCUAGCUCUGCUGCCGCCUCUAGUUCGGCUUCCAGCCCUGCUACUGCUUCUUCCUCCAGCGCUGCUGCUUCUUCAAGCUCUGCUGCUUCUUCAAGCUCUGCUGCUGCCUCCUCCAGCUCUGCUUCGAGCUCCUCUGCUGCCUCGAGCUCCGCUGCUCCAUCCAGCUCUGCUUCGAGCUCCUCUGCUUCCUCGAGCGCCGUUUCUUCUUCCUCCAGCUCCUCUUCUUCUCCAUCGUCUACCUCUACUGGUGGUUCUUCUUCUACCGGUAUUGAUGGCGACCUAUCAGCUUACUCUGGCCCAAGUGAAGCCUUCCAGGAUGGCACCAUUAAGUGCAGCGAUUUCCCAUCCGGACAGGGUGUGAUCUCUUUGGACUGGUUAGGAUUCGGUGGCUGGUCUGGUAUUGAAAACUCUGACGGCUCUACCGGUGGAGACUGUAAAGAGGGCUCUUACUGCUCUUACGCUUGCCAAACUGGUAUGUCUAAGACCCAGUGGCCAUCCGAGCAGCCAUCCAACGGUGUUUCCGUCGGUGGUUUGUACUGUAAGAACGGCUACCUGUACCGUUCUAACACCGACGCCGAGUAUCUGUGUGAAUGGGGAAAGGACAUGGCCGAAGUUGUUUCUGAGAUAGACUCUGAUGUCGCUAUCUGCAGAACCGACUACCCAGGUACUGAAAACAUGGUUAUCCCAACCUAUGUCAAGGCUGGCGAUUCUGUUCCAUUGACUGUUGUCGACGAGGACACCUACUACCAAUGGAAGGGUAUGAAGACCUCUGCUCAGUUUUACGUUAACAACGCUGGUGUUUCUUUGGAAGACGGUUGCGUCUGGGGUACCGCUGGCUCCGGUGUUGGUAACUGGGCUCCAUUGAACUUCGGUGGUGGAUACACCAACGGCGUUGCAUACUUGGCCCUGAUUCCAAAUCCUAACAACUAUGACGCUUUGAACUACAACGUCAAGAUUGUCGCUGCCGAUGACGACAGCACAGUUUUGGGUGACUGUAAGUACGAGAACGGAAAGUACAACGAUGGUAGCUCCGACGGCUGUACCGUCUCUGUCACCAAAGGUAAGGCUAAGUUCGUUCUGUACAACUAA